GUUAGAGCCUGAAUAUUUUGCCGACCCUAUUUAUUUCCGUAUAUUACCUACAGGCAUAACAAUUGAACUUAUACACUUUUUACAUAUAACAGAAAUUAUAAAACAGAACAAAAGAGAGCAUAAAGAAAAACUAUCAAUACGUUUCAAUUAAAAUAUUCAAAAAUGUCUAUAAAUACCUUUAAUUUGUUUCAUUCAUCUGUAAACGGUACUAAAAUCGAAUUAAAUAAACUGAAUAAUACAAUGGCGAUGUUACAUCCAACCAAAGCAUCGUCGAACUUUACCUCAAAAUCAUUCACACCCGUUGGUAUGAAAUCAAAAGGAUUAUCUAUUCGAUCUCAAUCUGAUUUAAAUAUUGGUGUCACACAAUCAGCUCAAUCGUCUCUGAAAGCUGGUGAUGCUAAAAAAAAUCUGCCUACUCCUCACCAAGACAAAGUUUCCAAGGUCAUACGUAAAAAGCAGCAACAAGGAUUGUCACCAACUUCAAAGUCACCGCAUUCAUUAAUUCGUGAUAAAAAUAAAAUAAACGAAAACAUAUUCAAGAAACCAUUAACACCUAAACUAAUUAUCGACAAAAAAGUUUAUCCCGAGCCAGAAAAUUUAGCCGGCUAUUAUGAUUACGAAGACAACUACAACCAGAUGUUGAUUGGAACUCGUGCGCUGGAUAAUGAAGCCAAAGAAUUUGCUGCUGCUCUUCGUAAACCUCAGAAACCGAUAAUUCCUUACGAAGAUGAUGUGGUUCCUCCAGUUCCAUGUAUAAAGCAAAGCCCUCCUUCAAUUAUCGUCAGCGACGACAUCGUCCUUUCAGAUGUUGAUCUUCCAACUCUGUCCGAUGAUGAAGAUUAGAAAUAAUUAAAUUUUAACUAAUACUUAAUUCUACAUAUCAAUCUUGUCAUUUAUAUUUUCUAAUUAUCUAAUAUUUUUCAAUCAGUAUUUUAAUUUAAUUUAUCUUAUUAAUGCUUUAUUAUAAUUAAAAUAUAAUUAAUUUUAAAUUAUUUGUAACUAUGGCUCGUUAAGCAAAA